CCUCCGAUCUAGAUCGUUCCCAGUUGGCGGAGUACGUCUUUACUGACAAUCGACCUUCCCUUUCUCUCACGACUACCAUAGUAUAAGGACCGAAUAACCUUUCAAAAUGCCUCACUCUUUCGGUAUCAGGGCGCGAACGCGUCACAUGUUCAAGAAGGGCUUCAAGGAGCAUGGUGCCCCCAAGAUGGCCACCUACUUGUCGACCUACCGAAUCGGUGACAUUGUUGACAUCAAGGCCAACGCCGCUGAGCAGAAGGGUAUGCCCCACAAGUUCUACCACGGAAAGACCGGUAUCGUCUACAACGUCUCCCCCCGAGGAGUCGGUGUCAUCUGCUACAAGGUCGUCAACGGUCGAUACAUGGAGAAGCGUGUCAACUUGAGGGUCGAGCACGUCAAGCACUCCAAGUGCAGGCAGGAGUUCUUGGACCGGGUUGUCAGCAACGCCGCCAAGAAGAAGGAGGCCAAGGCCAAGGGAGAGUUCGUCCAGCUCAAGCGUCUCCCUGCCCAGCCCCGAGAGGCCCACACCGUCUCCACCUCGGACAACGCCCCCCAGACCCUCUACCCCCUUCCUUACGAGACCACCAUCUAAGCGAGAGCAAAUGUUUUUCGUUUCUUUGUGGGCUGGU